AAAAAGCAAGGAGAAACGCGAUCAAAAAAAUAAAAAUGAUGCAUUAUCUAAUAGAAUAAUACAUUCAUCAGAUGAUGAAUUAAAUAACCAAGACAACUUUGAAGUCCUUCCUGAAGAAAGUAUUGCACAAGCUAUAGUUAUUGAUGAAAAUGAAAACCCUGU